AGGUGGACGAGCCCACCAGCAACAUGGAUCUGUUUCCGACAGUGGUGCACCUGAGUGGAGCUUCCGUCCCAGAGGACAGAGAGAUCGACGGUCAUGACCUCAUGGAUUUGCUCCAGAGGAGAGUUGAAAGGUCGAACCACGAGUUCCUGUUCCAUUACUGCAACGCCUACCUGAACGCCGUCCGAUGGCACCCCCCUAACAGUAGCUCAGUGUGGAAAGCCUUUUACUUCACACCAAACUUCUACCCAGAGAGCGAGACGGCCUGUUUCCACACACACGUCUGCUUCUGCACGCCAGACCACGUGACCUACCACAGUCCCCCCGCUCCUCUUCGAUCUCUCGAGGGACCCGUCGGAGACCACGCCGCUGACUCCUGA